AGUGGCGCGCGCCGUAGCCGUUCUACACCCAGCUCCGAGCAAAUCUCUGGAUUUUCACGGAUAACCGCGGGGGCGAGGCCCGGGGUGUCACGUCGAGGCUCGGGGGAGGUGACCAAGGAUGGCGACGAGGAAGCGGACCACCGCGGAGUCCGGGGCCCGAGGUGGGGCGGACCUAUGAGUGUUCUGGAUAUGUCUUCUGUCGCGAGUGUCAGUCCGGGGCUUUGCCUCAUUCAGUGUCUCUAGCGCAGUCUAGGAUGGAUCCCAAGAUUAUGGAGUGAUGGCAAGAGAGGAUCCUAGAGGAAAGAGGCCCUUCAAGAUAUGGGACAGUUGGAGAAACAUAAGGAAAAGUUUGGUAGUCAACAGUCUUAAAGAUCUUGAAUUUCGAGGUAAAGAGAAGCUGAACGUUCCUCCCAAUGAGCCAGUGAGACUAGUGCUAGAGUCGGACGGGACGCAGGUUGAGGAUGGGGAGUAUUUCCGCACUCUCCCCAACAACACUGUGAUUCUGCUGUUGCGGCAAGGCGAGCGCUGGUAUCCGACUGGUGUGGACGUCAUACGUACAGCAAUCUCAGCGAUCCCGAAGAUCGUAUGUGAAACAAUACAUGCGCUUGAACUGCAGAAUGAAACUCCCUCUUGGAAGAUCAUGGACAACAAAGGUCGAGUCACGGUCGUCCUACAUUGGGACCAGCGGCAGCAAGGCAGUAGCAGGAGCGAGCCAGGAACGGCAGCGUCGAGCGGGACAGCGACACCCAAGAAACAAUCUAGUCUGGUGAUACAGACGAGUGUGGACUCGAGCGGGAAGAAGGAGACGCUGAUCAAUGAUGUGUAUCCGCCUCGCUAUACGGCCAGUCCGCAGAUCACGGUCAUCAACCACGACGACAUUUCCGCGUCCAGUUCCUACCACCACCCGCGCCUCACCAAGCAAGGGUCGUCGUUCGAGAGCUCGACGAUCCACGUCCACACACCGGAGUGCGCCAACCACGCUCACCAGCCCUCCGUCUCUAGGAGUGGCUCCCCUAACAACAACAACAGCGAGUGCGACUUCCAUUGCUGCGCGCUGCAUGAGGAGGGACGCAAGAUCGCGGUGCACAAGUCGGUGGCGACCUCCCCGAUUCAAGACUCGCUGUCAACGUCGCCCCAACAGCACCCGUCGUCUAUGUCAGACGGCUCGCGCAGGGCUGCCGGAGUGCCUAAAGGUCAUGUUCGUUUUUUAGAUGUCGAGGGCGGUCACCGACAUGCCCCCGUCGACCACGAGAGUUCCGAGUCCGAAACGGAAAACACUGUCGUAGAAGACGAAGCUGUCACCACCGAGAAGUUUUUACUUUUGAUAGACCAGCUGUCGGUAGAUCAGAAGAGACACCUGACGAUUAAAGAUAUCGGUAUAAUAUUGGAAAGGUUGAGUUCCAAAAUCCUCGACGUGGAGAGGUUGGACAGAGAGAGUGAGAGCGACGAUUGCUACAACUGGACGAUCAAAGCGACGAUCCGAGGGGACGUUCUUCGAGAGUUGGGCGUCAUCUACAAUGGUAACUACUACGCCAUCUCUGAACACCCUGGAUAUAAGGAGGAGUCAGAAGAAACACGAGAGGAUGUCGAGGAGGAGGAGGAAGAGGACGACAGACUGUAACUAGGCGGCGUGUUUAGUUUAGUUUGUUUAAAUAACAAAGUUAAAUUUCCAGUGGUUUAAUAUAUUAAAACAUAGGAUUUUUAUAGAUUUUUAGUGUCUAAAGGGUGCUCAUAACCCCUGUUGAAAAUUUAUUGUGUUACUCGGUGGUGAAACGCCCGCGUAUUUCUUCCACACCCCGUUACCGUACUCCCUAAACUAGAUGAACGAAGGCAAUCACGUGUUUUAAACCAAAAACUCCACUGUAUACUAGUUUUUUUAAUUACGUGCGUCGUGUAUAAAAACGUUUCGUUGUUAUCGUGCGUGUACGACUCGAACCUCCGAGUGACGCGGUUAUGUAAACUCAAUAUUUUUACGGCAGAACUACUAUGGGCGUUGGUUGUGCAGUGUCCACCGUCUCCACCGCUGGGACUUUCCAUUUAUUCACCUUUUUCCAUUUAGUGAGUCGACUGUGUUUUUACAACUCUCCUCCAUUUAUUACAACUUUAGAUACAUUUGAGCAAUAGUAUACUAUAAAUAGUUGUUUUAUUAUACGUUGAUAAUUAGUUGGUAAUCAGUAUUAAGGUUGUGCUCUACUGGGGUGGAGAGUUCUUCUGAAUAGCUUGGUCAAGGCCUAUGGCUGUGAGGCGUGUGCCAAACCAUUACUAGUGUUUUCUAUAGAAUUUUGUACUUUUAUUUGCUGUUAGAAUUUACAAUUAUUUCAACAGGUACUUAAAACAUCAUAAGAAGUAAUUUGAUAAAAGAUAUCCACCAUUUUAACUAAUACAUUGAUUCUAUCACAGAAAAAAAAAUUAUUUUAAAAUAUUGUAUAAAUAUCCAAUUAGAUUUUGUAUGAUAGAAGAAAAGUUGUUUUAAUAUCAUAGACACUACUUAGAAAAAAUUGUAAAAUUCAAAAAGUUUAUCUUAUCUUUAACUACAUAUAACAAUUUAAAUUGACACAAUAAUUUAAGCAAACUAGUGGGCAAAAUAUUGAAAAUAGUGCAAAAAUAUUCAGCUUCACAAUUGUGCAAAAUACCCACCUGAAAUGAGACACUGAAAGAUAAAAAUGUAAAACCAAAAAGAUUUAAUGCAAUUAGUAUAACUAAUAAAUAUAGUUUUUUAUUUCAAUAAUACUGUGGAUGGGUUGGUUGAAGAGUGAUAUGUUUUAUCUUUAACGUUAUCAGGUAAAACAGGUCACAGUCUAAAUAAUCCAUACAUAUCAAAAAAUGUGUUUGCAUUUCUAAAAAGUUACCAUAAAAACAACUACAAAUACCAAUGAUAUUUCCACUCAACAAUUCAACAAAAAUGUUAUCUGCAUGACAACAUUUUUUUAGUUCACUUAAAAAUAUUUUCAAAAUAUAUUCUCUGCAAUCAAAGUUUACAGAUUUUGUUGUAUUUAAAAAUAACCAGACCUACAUUUCAGUUAUUUUAACUUUGAAUUAUGUUUGACAUUUGUGUUGGAACAAGAGUAGUAUUCACCAAAUAACCAAUUAAAAAUGCUAGCUAACUUGACAAACUGUUGAGAAAGAUUUAUUUUCCUAAAAAAUUUUUUUUUCUUAACAGUUUUCGCUUAUCCUGUAUAUCAUCGCCCCUAUAAAAUACAGUAAAUCACUCUAAAGUAAGUCGACCCAUAUCAAAUCCAAACCUAGUAAAUCACCCCAUAAUUCAAAAUACUUCUAACAAGUCAGCUGAUUUUCAUAUCCACUUGAGAUUAUUUUUUCCGACUCAUCGUCUCAAUUUUGUAUUUUAUUGACCUUGUAAUGCCAAAGUCAUAUCACAAGAAGAGGUCUCCUUCCCACAAACUUACGAGCAUUGAAGGCGAAUCAUUCUAAAACAAGUAAGUAGGCUCAAACAUUUAACACUGCCGUAUAUUGCAGUUGUGAGCAAUUUUUAGUUUUUGUAACAUUUUUUUACUCGUAUCAUUUAUCAUCCCAAGUAACCCUGUUCUUUGUAAACUUUAUCUUGUAAAAUUUUCAUCGUCAUAAAAUUACAUCCAUUACUGUACUACGAACAAUACACAAAUUAUAUUGAAAUCUGUGUAAGCUACAGUAUUAAAAUUUUUUAUUGGUUCUAUAAGGCCGCAAUGUACAAAAUUGUUUUCAGCAAACUAAAUGUAGCCAUGUAUGUAGUCAAAAGGUUUUGAGUUGUAUAAGACCCCAAGGUUGCUUAUGAAAUUUUCCCUAUCAAAUUAAGCAACUAAUGUUGAAUUGUAAUUUAAAGAAUCGACGAACUAAGCUAAUAAAACUUAAAAAUAUGAAUUGAUAAAAAACUAAAUUAGUUAUACUGUACAUUGUUAUAAAACUGAUUCCUACAUACAUCUCUUGUGAAAUAAGGUAACUCAAAUAAUGAUUACAUAAAAAUGUUCUGUUUGUAAACUUUCAGGUGGUGCUAAAACAAAAUGUGUGAUUUAAAAUAGUAAAAUCAUUGUUUACUUAAAGUCUAUCACUGAAAUAAUUUUAAAGCUGCGAUAAUAGUACUUUUUAAAAGCAUCACUCAGACGAAUCAUUUGAAUUAUUUAUAAGCAUCGUUUACUGGAUUACAUGGCAGAUACUUGGUUGUGAUCAAUUUCAAAUGAUUUCCACCAUUACCUUUCCAACAAGUCAUGGAAUAGCAUAGAACAAGUCUUAAAGCACAAAAAUUGAGUGUUAACGUGAAUUUGUUUGAUAGUGCUCUAAAAUAAUAACCUAGUUAGCGUACGGAAGGACUCAAUUUAUAAAUGUUGAUAUCGUCUUGUGUAGUGAAGGAUUGAAGUGUCACCAGCUUCAUUUAAUUUCGUGUGAGUGACUGGAUGUUAUAGCUCAAUCAUUUUCCUACUUUACGCUAUUCGUGCCAAAUUACUUUUGUGCCAAGACUAUGCAACUUCGAUGUAUUAAUAGUUUUAUUAAAAUAUAAAUAUGUAUAGUAUUUGGUACAGUGUUAAGCAAAAGUGAUUUUAAAACGUUUUAUAUGUUAAUGUUCUGUUUGUCCACAUUGACUGCAAUGGUAAAAUGUUAUCUGAAGAGUUAAUAAGUACAAAUGUAUCGAAUAGGGUUUCUGUUAAAGUGUAAAUAAGAAGUUUCAAAAUCAAGCUUAAGGUGUGGGAAAGCAAAACGUAAUCAUAUGUAUUAUAUAUCACAGAUUCAGUAAGUCAGCCUGUAAAAUAAUUCAGUAAAAGGUUGAUUUUAUCAUAAUUAGAGCAGAUUUUGUAAACUAGUAUAAUAGACAUUGUAAAACUUAUUAAAGCGUAUUAACACUUUGAAAGAGGUUUGGCAGCAAAAAAGAAGGAUUUUGAGACUUUAUGACAUGCGAUUGUUAAUAUUCAGUUCCUUUCACAAACAAUAUUUUGAUAAAUAAACUAGAAAAAGUGUCAAAACUAUUUUUACAGAAAUAAGUGUAUUCAAACUAUUGCACACCAAUGAGUUUUACUUUGUGUUAAUCUAUUUGUGCAACAAACAAGAUGUUUUCCAAAAUUUAAAAACAGACAAAAGAUAUAAGUACACUCUUAAAAUUAAAGAAUCCAAUGAUUAACAACUUGUUCAAUUUGUGAACAAAAGCAAAUUAAAAUUAUAUAUUCAACUGAAUUUUAAUUUGCCAGCUCUAUAGAAUUAUAGAGCAAUGGCAAGCCGAAACAGUAACUAAUUUAGCUACUUUCAGAGUAUUCGAGAUAACCUUUGCUAUACUAGUCGAUUCAAAAUCACCCAAUAAAUGCAAUAGACCAAAUUAAUAUUCAAACAUGAAGAAAGAUGCGAAAAACGGUAAAUUUUCAAACAUUCUUAGCUGUCUAUCCUACUAUUGCAAGUGUGAGCGCAGGCGCUUCACACAUGACCCGACAUUCAUUUUACCGAUUACCUCAAACAUCUUAUAAAAGUAGAACCAACAGCCUUUAGCUUCCGCUGAAUUUCAUUGUGAAAGUUAGCUCUUGGAAAUUACGGGUUUAUAAUGAGAUCCCCUAAAGAAUUACAAUACUCCGGUUAUAAUUUCCGUAUGGCGUGAAUGCAUGUAUGAAUGCGGGCUUUUACGACGUUUCGUUCAGUGAUCUAUGGAGUUUCCGUUGAUUCGACAGCAUCAAUAAACAGAUUGUGAUGGCAUUGAGCCACGUUUCGAUUUGUUAAGUUUUACCUAAAGUACUUUUAUCAAAUAAAGGUUUACACUUGGUUUACAGAUGGUGUUAUUUUACAUUAAGGCCUGUAAAUUGUUAAGCUCAAAACAGUGUAAUAAGUCUCAUAAUCUGACAAUCGCUCAGAUCUUGGGCACCUUUAUUGAAAUGUUCUGUAAAUAUUUAUAGAAGUCGUAAGUUUAUUUGUGUGGACGGCCGCUACGGCCAUCUGUUAAUGUUGUCUGUACAGCAGACUGAGGGAAAACAUCUUGGAAAUUCAACUUUAUCGUUUUAUUUCAGCUGUGUGAAGUUUUUUAUAUUCUAAAGCUAAAUAUUUGUUUUCUAUGCAGUAAAUUAACAAUUAUAUGAUUAAUUUGUAUUUACUAUAUUGAAUUAAAGAUAGAAGAGAUUUUGUGUUAGUGCAAGUUAAAAUGAAUAUAGAGUACCAGAAUAAUGUCCACAAAUAAAUAUUCCAAUGAUUUUGCAAUUAAAUAAUGUUUUUACUGUUAUUUUUCAGCUUUACCUGGCAACUAUUUAAUACUUAAAUAGUUAAAUUAAAUGAUUAAAACUAAAUUUAAAGUUUAUAAAUCAUUCUUGAUUUUAGUUCUAUAAAAAUAAAAAUGUACACUAAAAAACACGACUAAAAAUUAAGAUGUUUUCCCGUGAAAGAUGUGUAGAAAUUAUUGUAAAUUAUUAGAAAAUGCGUAAUACAUUUUGUUGAAUUAAUUAUGUUAUCCUAAAGUACUCUAUUUACCUGUUGUUAAGUUCUCUUGCUCAUGAUGAGUUUUGAACCACAUGUAAAAUAGUUUUGUUACAGUGUGUCGGACCGAAUGUGAAGCUCAACCGUGUUUUUUCGUUGUGGUUGACAAGUGUUUUAGUUGUUACUCGACUCGGCCCGCGCUGGGCUCAUGUAAUAUAUUAUUCUCUUUCUAAAUUUGUAUUCAGACGUACCAGAACAGUGGACCGCAUAGUCAUCGGCGAUAAUUUUUUAAUAUUCUAAAGAUCGGAAAAAAUUUUCCAAUGAACUAGUUUUUGAACCACGUUCAAAGCGUACAACAAUAAGUUCUAUAUCCCUCGACUACGGCGAUAUUGGCGGGUGACUGCGGGUUCACGGGUCUGGUGCGGGACAGCUUGGCGGACGAACGGACUUCGUACGAGGUAGCGACGCCCAUGCUAAUCUCCACUGCCAGUACCAACAGCGAUCGGAUCGUUCAACCGUUUGUUCGUUCUGUAAGUGUGAGAAUGUUUUUAUUGGCCAGAGGGGCAAGUCAUACUUGAUUAAUAUUAAUACAAAUAGGUAGAUUUUAAGUAAAGUUAAUCCAAUGCGAACAUGCAUUGUGGUUUAACACUAUGACGACUAAUUAUAUUUGUUCGUUAUUAUAAAGCAAAUUAUAUUUCA